AUGGAAUUGGCAGUUCAAUUGGAUGGAAAGUAUGGCGAAACGUUGAGAGGGGAGUUUUGCGUUCCAACUAUGAGGUCAAUGGGGCUUGAAAGCGACGAUUUGGACCAAGAAGUGAUGUACCUUUGUGGGAACUCAUUGGGUUUGAUGCCAAGGAAGACGAGGUCUGCUGUUACGAAAGAGUUGGAUGCUUGGUCUAUGCGCGGUGUUGAAGCGCAUUUUAGACACCCGGGCGUCGCUGAGGACUGUACUUCGUGGGUUGAUGUGGAUUUACCAGUUUUGCCGUUAUUGGAGCCUAUAGUGGGAGCUCAAACCGGUGAGGUUGCAGUGAUGAACAGUUUGACAGCCAAUUUGAAUAGUCUAUUAGUGGCUUUUUACAGGCCAGAAGGGAAACGUGCAAAAAUAUUGUUUGAGAAGGCUGCUUUCCCCUCAGAUUACUACGCUUUUUAUGCACAGUGUGAGUUGCAUGGCCUUGAUCCUACAGAAACGUUGAUCCAGGUGGAACCUCGAGAUGGUGAAACGUCUAUUAAAACACAGGAUGUGCUCGAUACGAUUGAGCGGUACAAAGACGAGCUGGCGCUUGUGUGUCUGCCCGGGAUUCAGUACUACUCGGGACAAUUGUUCGAAAUGGAGGCUAUAACGAAAUUCGCCCACCAGUAUCCUGGGAUUGUGGUCGGUUGGGACUUGGCGCACGCCGUAGGGAACGUAGAACUGCAAUUGCACGAUUGGGGGGUGGAUUUCGCAUGUUGGUGUUCCUACAAGUAUUUGAAUGCUGGUCCCGGUGCCAUUGGUGGACUCUUUGUCCAUUCAAAACAUGCCGGAAGCUCUGAAAAGUACUUACCACGUCUUUCUGGUUGGUGGGGCAAUAACGCUGCUCGCAGAUUUCAAAUGCUCGAAAAAUGGGAACCUAUUCCAGGUGCUCUUGGGUUCAGGCAAUCGAAUCCUAGUGUUUUAGACGUUGUAGCGCUUCGCAGCUCACUCGAGCUAUUUGCCAAGUACGGUGGUAUGAGCAAAAUACGUGCCAGAUCUCUCAAACUUACGGGAUACCUCCUCAAGUCAUUAAAGCAAUCGCCUUUUUACACAGACGACCACUCUAAAAUUGGCUUUAAUGUUAUCACACCAGUGGACCGCGACUCAGACCACGGCUCACAGCUAUCCUUAAGAUUCUAUCCACUUGACAGCGACACCAUGGGGCAAGUUUCAAGCUACGCAAAUAAGAGAGGACUGAUCGGUGACGAACGCAGACCCAAUGUGAUGCGUCUCGCUCCAGCACCACUUUACAACACCUUUCAGGACGUAUUCGGAGCCGUUCAAUUGCUCAACGAGGCAUUGACAGCCAUCACUAAAAGAAAACGAUAA